AUGGCUCUGAUUAAUUCCUUUCUUAUUCCACCUACCUACAGGUACCACCUGACCUGGCCAAACACCAGUCCAAUCCCAGCAGAGACCACCUUACAUCCCACCACUGCCCUCCAGACCACCCUUCCAGCUGACAUCCAGCUCCCCACCAUACACAGCGGCCCCACUCAACAGGCUGUUUUUGUGGGUGAGACAGCCAGCUUCCUUUGUGAGGUGUCCGGGAAGCCACAACCAGAGAUCACCUGGGAGAAACAACUGAAGGGCAAAGAGAACACCAUAAUGAGACCCAAUCAUGUCCGAGGGAACGUCGUGGUCACUAACAUUGGCCAGCUGGUCAUAUACAAUGCGCAACUUCAGGAUGCCGGUAUCUAUACAUGUACAGCCAGAAACGUUGGGGGAAGUGUAUCGUCACACUUUCCCUUGGUAGUGAUAAGGAAGGAGGCGAAAGGUAGGAAUGCAGAGGGGAACAGUACCAAGCUGCCAUUUCCAGCUGAAGAGUGCCUUAAGAGUCCAGACACAGAUGACUGUGGAGAAGAGAGCAUGAGCUGGUACUAUGAACCAAAGAGGAACAAUUGCUUCACCUUCACCUACAGUCAGUGCAAUAAAAACCGCAACCAUUUCGACACCUACGAAGCCUGUAUGCUGUCAUGUGGAGGAGAGCUGGCAGCUCCCUGCAGCCUACCGAGCCUCCAAGGGCCCUGCAAGGCCUAUGAGCCUCGCUGGGCUUAUAGCAGCAGUCUCAAAAAGUGUCAGUCCUUCGUGUAUGGAGGCUGUGGCGGCAACGAGAACAACUUUGUGUCCAAAGAAGCCUGUGAAGAGAUGUGUCCCUUUCCGAAGAACCACAACUGCAAGGCAUGUAAACCUCGAGCCAAGAUGGUCACCAGCUUCUGCAAGAGUGACUUUGUGAUCCUCGGGCGUGUGACCGAACUGACAGAGGAGCAAGAGUCAGGCCAUGCUUUGGUGACAGUGGAGGAGAUCUUGAAGGAUGAGAAGAUGGGUCUGAGGUUCUUUGGCAAAGAGCCCCUGGAGGUGACACUUCUGAACAUGGACUGGAACUGCCCCUGCCCCAACGUCACCACAGCCGAUGGGCAGCUCAUUAUCAUGGGAGAUGUUCAAAAUGGGAUGGCUGUCCUGCAGCCUGAUAGCUUUGUAGGCUCCUCUAGCACCCGCAGAAUCAGGAAGCUUCGUGAGGUUGUCCACAAGAAAACCUGUGAUUUCCUUAAAGAUUUCUCAGCUGUCCAGUAGUCUUUUAAAGUCUCACACUCACUGAACGUCUGUUAAUGUUGUUUUCUGAUUAUUCCAAGCUCCAGUGACCUCACCAGUCUGAUCGACUGCCAGCAAACAUAAAACAAGUAACUUAUCUGUGACGUUGGAGGUUUUGUUGCCGGUUUCAGGUGCGUUUCUUUACUUACUCUGUUUCUUCUUGUUCAGCAGAUCUCAGAAAAUCACUCCUCGUAGUUCACACUCUUGCCUCUGAUCAUUUGUGUCAUCAGUUUUCAUUCAUAAUUUUGUCACAGAUGCUGUGUCAAAACUGUCCUUACAGCUCUUUUUGAAAUUAGAAUCAAGCUUAAGCAGUUUUGAUGUUCGCACCUAGGGCACACUGUCUGGAAAAGGCAGGUAGAGUAAUUAGUCACAAGCAUUUACCCUGUACAAAGUAUUUAAUCUCUGCAACUGUUUACUAAAAUUGCAUCAUAGAUUUCCCAUCUAUCUAAUAUCAUUCAUUUAGCGGUAUGUUUUAAUAUGAUUGCUUCAUUUGUUUGACGUUGUGUAACCUCUGUCCGGAGCCCUUGAGCUCACAGUAUUGCAAUUUAAAGCCUCAGUAUAUUUACCAGAAUCAGAUAAGCUCUUUGGUUCCAUAUUUUUGCGGAAUCUAUUUUGAUAAGUUUUAAACGUUCAGUGUGUUGGAUUUAGGGGGAUAUAUUGGCAGAAAUGGAAUAUAAUAUAUAAGUAUGUUAUCUUUAGCACCUGCAAAUAAGAAUUGUUGUGUUUUUGUUACCUUAGAAUGAGCAGUUUAUAUCUACAUAGGGAGCGGGUCCUCGUCCAUGA